AUGCUACAGAAGCUCCAUGCAGAGGAGAAAGUGAUAGUUGGUGGUGAUAUGAGGGCUGACUCCCCAGGCCACUCUGCAAAGUUCGGAAGCUACACUAUGAUGGACCUGAAGAACAACAAAGUCGUUGACCUCCAGUUGGUUCAGAGCAAUGAGGUUGGUGGAAGCUACCACAUGGAGUUAGAGGGCCUGAAAAGGAGUCUGGAGUUGUUAAAGGAACGUGGUGUGACUCUGGACUGUAUUGUCACGGACAGACAUCUGCAAAUUCAGAAGUUCCUAAGGGAAAGCAGCAUCACCCAAUUCUUUGAUGUGUGGCACAUAGAAAAAGGGUGGGUGAAGAGUAUAAGAAACCACAUAUACUGGACUGCAGCAACCUCCACCACCGGGCCUGAGAGAGUGGCCAAAUGGACUUCCAUCCUGAACCACGUGCAGGAUAUCCACUCUCAUGAUAACCCCCUGUUCCCCAAGUGCCUUCAUCCACUGCGCAUUGCGCAAUACCAAUGGAUGGCUGCAGGAACGCCGGCCUUUCACAAGCUGGAGACAAUUCUCUCAACCAAGAGGAUUUUGAAAGCUGUGGCCAAACUCAGCCCACACCACCAGACUUCAUCUUUAGAGUCAUUCCAUGCCGUCAUCCUGCGCUUUGCUCCAAAGAAUGUUGUGUUUCCAUUUCUUGGAAUGUUGUGCAGACUGUACCUGGCAGCCCUGCACUACAAUGAAAACGCUGAGCGUGCACAAGCCACUACAUCCACUGGAAAGCCUCUAUAUAAACUGCAGUUCCCAAAGGCCAGGAAGGGAGAAUGCAGAGCAAAACCAGUAAAGACUGACCCCACAUUCCGCUACGUGGCCAACUUGAUGGACCUCAUCUUCGACCAAGUCUUUGUGGACCCUGCACCAUUCACACAGGAGCUUCUGAAGAUACCCAUCCCAGAGGACCUGUGUUCCCAAUAUGAGCGACCUGACAGGGAGGAGGUCAUCUCCGGGUAUGCUACUCGGUUCAAUUUGGCUGCUGUCUGAACCCAACAUAGAUAUUUCGCGGAUCAGGAAACUCUCUGCGAAUCCUGAGGACAACGCAGGCCGGAAUCACCACUCUGAUCCUGCGUCCAAGGAAGCCCCAGCACCAGCUCACAAAGCUUCUGUAGGCUAGAUACCUGUGACGCCUGAAAUCAUUAAAAAAUAUAUUUAGUGUCAUUUAUAUAUAAUACAAGUACAU